AUAGUGUCCCAUCAACUACUAGAACCUGACUGCUCACUCAAGGAGCACAGUUGUUGACUGAUAACAGCGGCUCAGCAGACCUGUAGGAAGAAAGAGGGUUCACGUUUUGCCUUCCCUUUUGGUUAAGACACAGACGCUGAGCGGCAGACAACAUGCAGAUGCCAGAGUUCCUGAAGAACUUCCGGUUGCCUGAGAUGGCUGAGAUGCGGGAGUAUCUGCAGAAUAUGUCCCCCAACACGGUCAUGGGCAUGGGCGCCUUCGCCGCUCUCUCCACGUUCUGGUACGCCACGCGGCCCAAAGCCCUGGAGCCGCCCUGUGAUCUCUGGCAGCAGUCUGUGGAAGUGGAGGGUGGCGAGUAUGCCCGGCGCUCCGUGCUGGUGGACGGUGGCAAGCUGCUGACGUACUACUAUGAAGACGCCAAGACCCUGUACGAGUUCCUCCUGAAGGGAGUGGACAUGUCCAACAACGGGCCUUGUCUGGGAGCAAGGAAACCCAAGCAGCCCUAUGAGUGGUGGUCAUACAAAGAGGUUGUGGACAUGGCGGAGUGCCUGGGCUCAGCGCUGCUCCACAGGGGUCACUCCAAGUCCAGCAACCCGUACAUCGGCAUCUUCUCCCAGAACCGGCCAGAGUGGACCAUGUCUGAGCUGGCCUGCUACACGUACUCUCUGGUGUCUGUGCCCCUCUACGAUACCCUGGGUGCUGAAGCUAUCGAGUACAUCAUUGACAAAGCCUCCAUCUCCACGGUGCUGUGCGACGUGCCUGCCAAGGCCACCCUGCUGCUGGACACCCUGUCGGGCCGCAAGCACAGCGUCACCACCGUCAUCAUGAUGGAGGAGGUGGAUGCCGAGCUGGUGGAGAGAGGCAAGAAAAACAACGUAGAGAUCCUCCUCCUCAAAGACGUCCUGGCUUUGGGCAAGGAGAAACACCAAACCCCAAUCCCCCCUUCGCCCGAAGACCUGGCUGUUAUUUGCUUUACUAGUGGAACAACAGGAAAUCCAAAGGGAGCCAUGCUCACUCACAAAAACAUAGUGGCAGACUGCUCUUCAUUCAUGAGGAUUAUACAGAAAAGCUGCCCCAUAUCCAGCAGUGAUGUUCACAUAUCUUACCUUCCCCUGGCUCAUAUGUUUGAAAGAGUCGUUCAGGGGGUGAUGUUGGUCCACGGAGCCUGCAUUGGCUUCUUCCAGGGGGACAUCCGUCUCCUGAUGGAAGACCUCGCCGCACUGAGGCCCACUGUCUUCCCCACGGUUCCCCGACUGCUCAACCGCAUGUACGAUAAGAUCCAGGGGCAGGCCAACAGCAGCCCGGUGAAGAAGUGGCUGCUGGGAUACGCCUCCAGGAGGAAGGAGGCCGAGAUGAACAGCGGCAUCAUGAGGAAUAACAGCCUGUGGGACAAACUCAUUUUCAAGAAAGUGCAGGCCAACUUGGGUGGUCGUGUGAGGUUAAUGCUCACUGGAGCCGCUCCAGUGUCUGGCACCGUGCUCACAUUCCUGCGAGGCGCACUGGGAUGCCAGUUUUAUGAAGGCUAUGGACAGACAGAGUGCACAGCAGGGUGCACUAUAACACUCCCAGGGGACUGGACAGCAGGCCAUGUUGGAGCACCCCUUCCAUGCAACGACAUAAAGCUGGUGGAUGUUUCCGAGAUGAAUUACCUAGCCGCCAACGGAGAGGGAGAGGUGUGUGUAAGGGGACCCAACGUGUUCCGAGGCUACCUGAUGGAGCCAGAGAAAACCAAGGAGGCCCUUGAUGAUGACGGCUGGCUCCACACAGGGGACAUCGGCAAAUGGUUACCGAAUGGAACGUUGAAGAUUGUGGACCGGAAGAAGCACAUCUUCAAGCUGGCCCAGGGAGAGUACAUCGCCCCUGAGAAGAUCGAGAAUGUCUACAUCCGGAGCGACGCAGUGGCCCAGGUCUUUGUUCACGGGGACAGUCUACAGGCCUGCCUCGUGGCCAUCAUUGUGCCGGACGCCGAAACCUUGCCCAAAUGGGCGAAGAAAAGAGGGCAGGAGGGAUCCUAUGAUGAGCUCUGCAAAAACAAGGAUGUAAAGAAAGCCAUUUUGGAGGAUCUCUUAAAACUAGGCAAAGAUGGAGGUCUGAAGUCUUUUGAGCAGGUGAAAGACCUCGCCCUGCACAACGAGAUGUUCUCAGUGGAAAACGGCCUCCUCACUCCCACCUUCAAAGCCAAGCGGAUGGACCUCAGGAACCACUUCAGAGAUCAGAUCGACAAGCUCUACUCCGAGAUCAAUAUGUAGACGUUGUUGAGGAACCAGAACCAAAAACAAAACAGGAACUUUUCCAAAGGGAGCCUCCUCAGGGAACGCUUGAUCAUACUGUCUGGGCUCUGGACAAGCAGUGACCGCAGGACUGUGUCUCAUGAAUAAACCGAAACAAAGAUCCAAAAGGAACAGGGACAAGUCAGAUAUUUAUGAAUUCUCUGCCCUGAAACCAAAAGCCAUAUGUUUUUUUUUUUUUUUUUUGGUUUGUUUUUUUAAACAAAUGUAUUUAUUUUUUCAUAUAACAUGAAGGUGAUAUACAUAUGAACAUAAAGUGUAAGGCACAUAGACAUAUGUUGGCACAAAGGUGCUUUCAAUGACAGGUAGAUCACUGACAUGAAUGACAGAUAACAACUACCUGUGCAAUAACUGUAAUAGAUCUAUAUGAAAAUUAGAUAUUCCAGUGGUUUAACGAAAAUACACUCACUCAAAAUAAUUCCGUUUAUCAACACAAAAUCUGUGGCAAGGGAGAGAAUUUCCCUUUUUCCCUUUUAAUGUAGAUGAAUGGAAAUGUUGAGGUCCGUCUCAUCAUUUUUUUGAUGAACAUUCUCUGAGUCAGCUGAAUAAUGUCCCACAUCAAGUAUAAGGUCUGGUGUGUAGGUAGUUAGAACAUGGUGCAAAAGUGACUUUUUUUUUAUCUGUUCAUUGUUUGUAAUUCAUGGUUUGUUUCUCUGAUUCUCUGAAGUCCAUGCACCUUGUGACCUAAUACGUUGUUCUGGCUCUUUGGAAGAGACGGCACUCUAAUUUCUAGUCAUGUUUGGGGCGCAUAUCAAAUUUGUGCCACAUAUUGUCUUCGCAUUUAAUGCGACACCAGGCUAUUUUUGACAGAAUGUAUUGUCGGCCAUUUUUGUUAGUCUGUAAUGUUUUUGGAAAUACAAAUUCCCAAGAAAAUGAAUUUGCAUGUAAACAUUCCUCAGUUCUUAACCAAAGCAGUGGUAGGCUUGAUGGAAACAGCCCAAAUAUGCCCAGACCUGUGCAGUUUAGUAAUACAAAAAGAGGCCUGGAAAUUUUAAGCCACCUCUCUGAUUUGGUGCCUACGACAGUCAUGAGCAAAAUACUCAGUGCCUUUUCAUUGUUAAGAUGACAACUGCAAACCAGAUCAUUAAUCCAUACAGAUGUGUAUUGGAGAUGCAUGGAAGGAGAAUAAGCAAUUCACGAUACAUUUAAUUUCUGCACAUAUACACAUCCAUGUAUAGACAUUUAAAAUUCUGCAUAUAGCCUAGUUACCUCAUCCCUGGUUACCGGUCUUUGAUCCUGAUGGACGGAUAUGCACCUUUUUCAGUACUGUUGUGUUGAGAUUGUAUUGUUGAGGAGACCAGUGGAGGACCAUUUGCCUGUUAAGAGUUGUGAAAAGAGAGGAAGCAUGUUUGUAAGAUAUGCUGGUGUUCUUUUAAAUGCUGUCCAAUGUUCAAUGAAAAAUCAAUAAGGUUUUUUUAAUGGACUCUGUUUGAAAUUCUGUCACUGUGAAGUUCAAUGAGAUGUCCUCUCUCUUUGGAGACAUUUGAAACUAACGGAAAUGGUUAAGAUAUUGUGUUUUGUGACAUUUGUGACACUUUUAUGAAGGGAAUUUAGGUGGGAAAUUACAAACACUUGAUAAUAUAAUUAAUGUCAAAUGGUUAAAAUACAAUAACUGAUUUUAGGUAUGAAUUCUUUGUCAGUUUUCCAUUAGAUGUGGUUGAAUAGUGUGUGUAUUAAACGUAAUCGCACUAUUAACAGUGCAUUGAAUUUUGUGAUUGCCACAGAUAAUAAACACCAUUCAGAUGUCAUAUACA